AUGCAGUCUUUUGAGAACAAAAUCCAAUCUGCUAUUUCCGCAGGCAAGAUUCCUGGUGCUGUCACGGUUGCAAGUAAGAAAUCAGGUUCAUUUUCUUACAGCAAAGCCCAUGGUCCACAUUCGCUCAAGGACGAUGCCUCCGAGCCCUUGAAAACUGAUGGAAUCUUCUGGAUUGCUUCCUGCACAAAGCUAUUGACUGCCAUAUGUGUCUUGCAAUGUGUUGAACGCCUUCAAUUCACACUCGAUGAAGAUGUCGCACGAUUGUUACCCGAACUCAAGGACUUGGAAAUUGUCCAAGGUUUUGAUCCUGAGACUGGUGCGCCAAAAUUAGUCAAGGCAACCAAAUUUAUUACUCUUCGGCAUCUUCUUACACAUACUUCUGGCCUUGCAUAUGAUCACGUCACUCCCGAGCUCAUACAAUGGAGAGCCUCGCGAGGUGAAACGUGCAGCUUGACUGCUGGUACCCUCGUCCAUCGCUACAACACCCCUCUUAUGUUUGAGCCCGGCGAAGCCUUUCAAUACUCCACUGGUCUUGAUUGGGCAGGUAAAAUGAUUGAACGAGCUAAUAACAUGACUCUUGAACAAUACAUGCAAAGAUACAUCAUGACUCCCUUGAUUCUCGAAGAUUUAACCUUCCACAUCGAAAAGCACCCCUCAUUACUCUCACGCUACGUUGGAAUGACUUCUCGCAAAGGCGGCGAAACUCCCUUUGGAAACCCCGCGAAUCCAACCGGCGCAGUUGUUCACUCUGAAGACGUUGUUUGGACACAGGACCAAAUCGAUGAUUGUGGUGGUAUUGGCGCAUAUAUAUCUAUGCCCUCUUACCAGAAGAUCGUCCAAAGCAUCACCAUAUCCGACGGCAAGCUCCUUAACCCAGCCAGCAACAAUGAAUUAUUCAAAGGCCAAUUGUCGGACACACAACUUGCGAUUGUACAUGCAGCGUUUCAGAUUGAUGAUAUGAGGGCCAUCAUGGCGCCAGGGCUUCCGAAGGAAACAAGGGCUGAUUAUGCAUUAGGUGGCAUGAUAGUCACGGAGGAUGUCGAGGGAAGGAGGAGAAAGGGAACGAUGUAUUGGGGAGGUUUUCCGAAUUUGGCUUGGUGGGCGGAUAGGGAGGCGGGGGUCAGUGGGGUUUAUGGGAGUCAGUUAGUUCCUACUGGAGAUAAGCAGACCGGUGGAAUGUUUGAGGAGUUUGAGAAAGCUGUUUAUGCGGAAGUUGAGAGUGCGUAG